AUGAUGAUGUGCGAGGUGAUGCCCACCAUUUCCGAGGAUGGGCGAAGCGGGACCGGCGGGGGCUCUUCCUCGCCCGCCGGCGCCGGGGUCGGAGGCGGCGGCGGCGGUGCAGUCGGAGCCGGGGGCUUCGGUGGCCGAGAGGCGAGGGGCGGAGGGGACGAAGGCGGCAGCACGGGGAACCUGGAGUCGCUGAUGGUCAACAUGCUGACCGAGAGGGAGCGGCUGCUGGAGAACCUGAGGGAGACGCAGGACUGCCUGGGCACGGCUCAGCUCCGCCUCCGCGAGCUCGGCCACGAAAAGGAGUCCCUUUCCCGGCAGCUGUCCAUCGCUCUGCCGCAGGAGUUCGCCGUGUUGACCAAAGAGCUGAACGUUUGCCGGGAGCAGCUCCUGGAGAGAGAGGAGGAGAUCGCCGAGCUCAAGGCGGAGAGAAACAACACGCGUCUGUUGCUUGAACACUUGGAGUGUUUGGUGUCCCGUCACGAGCGCAGUCUGAGGAUGACGGUGGUGAAGAGACAAGCCCAGUCCCCGGCGGGGGUCUCCAGUGAGGUGGAAGUCCUCAAGGCCCUCAAGUCUCUGUUUGAGCACCACAAGGCCCUGGACGAGAAGGUUCGCGAGAGGCUGCGUGUGGCCCUCGAGAGGGUCUCCUUGCUAGAGGACCAACUGGCGUCGUCAUCUCAAGAGGUAAUCUCUUUAAGAGACCAAAUAAAAAGACGUCAACAAGGGGUGGACGGCGGGAAAGAUCGACUCCCCAACGGCCCGUCCACCGGCCUGGAGGACAGUGAGCUGGAGAGGCAGCGGGAAGGAGAGAUUGAGAGGCAGAGAGCUGAACUCUCCCAGCUGAAGGAGAGGCUGGCCCUCAUGUGCCGGCAGGUUGGCGAAAUAGAGGAACAGCUUGCGGCCGCCAGGAGGGAGGUGACGAAGUCGGAGGAGGCCAAUCAGAAGCUCCAAAGGGAAGUGAAAGAGGCCCUUUGCCAAAGGGAGGACAUGGAGGAAAGGAUUACAACACUAGAACGCAGGUACCUCAGCGCCCAGAGGGAGGCGACUUCUCUCCACGAUAUCAAAGACAAGCUGGAAAAUGAGCUGGCAAGCAAGGAAUCGCUGCACAGACAGAGUGAAGAGAAGAACAGACAGCUGCAGGAACGUCUGGACGAAGCCAAGCAGAAGCUCCAGCUGACCCUGCAGAGGGCGGAGACGCUGCCCGAGAUCGAGGCCCAGCUGGCCCAAAGGGUCGCCGCUCUCAACAAGGCGGAGGAGCGCCACGGAAACUUUGAGGAGCGACUACGGCAAAUGGAGGCUCAACUCGAAGAGAAGAACCAAGAGCUGCAGAGGGCGAGGCAGAGGGAGAAGAUGAACGACGAGCACAACAAACGCCUCUCUGACACGGUGGACAAGCUUCUGUCUGAGUCCAACGAGAGGCUGCAGCUCCACCUCAAGGAGAGAAUGGCGGCGCUAGAGGAGAAGAAUGCUCUUUCGGAGGAACUGUCCAAUAUGAAAAAAAUCCAAGAUGAUCUUAUAGCCAACAAGGAGCAACUCCUUGCCGAGCUGGAGCGAAUCCAGCUCGAGCUGGACCAGCUGAGGGGCAGACCCGGCGCUUCUUAUUCCAGGGCGGGCAGCGUGAGCUCCCUUCCCUCCACCCUCUUUCGGCGAUCCCUCCCGGGCAGCGCCUCGGAGCUGCGGUACCCGCAGGGCGGAGGCUCGCUGCCUUCCGGCUACAGCAACUCCCCGGGCGGCGUGGUGGUUAGGCGAACCCACCGGGGCCGCUGGGGGGCGCCGAGGGACGACAGCAACAAGUACGGAGAAUGGGACAGCGGCACCAUGCUGGGCCCCGGGUUCGAAGGCGGGGACGGAGGCUGCUCCGACGACGAGGACGAUCGAGAGACGCUGUUCGGAUCGGAGCUGCUGUCCCCCAGCGGACAGACGGACGUGCAGACUCUGGCCAUCAUGCUACAGGAGCAACUGGAGGCCAUCAACAAGGAGAUCAAGCUGAUUCAGGAGGAGAAGGAAAACACGGAGCUGAGGGCGGAAGAGAUCGAGAGCCGGGUCAGCAGCGUGGCCCUGGACGCCUCGCCUCUCCCCCCAUCCUCCCUGGGAGGACGGGACAGCGUCGGCAGGGGAUACAUGACUCCCUCCAUCACCUCCUCCACGCUGGCCUCCCCCUCGCCGCCCAGCUCGGGCCAUUCGACCCCGCGCCUGCCCCAUUCGCCCGCCAGGGAGACCGACCGACAGAACAGCAAAGACGGAGAGGAAUGCAGAGCGCUCGCCCUGAUCGACUCCAACCCUCCCUCCGUUCCUCGAGCCCUGCGAUUGGAACGCAUGACGCACACCCACCCGGGGGCCGGACUCGAUGACCUCCGUGAAUUUCGCAGUCUCUCUGCAGACGGUUCUACCACCGCGAGCCAGGAUUCCCUCCACAAAGCCAGCAAAAAGAAAAGCAUCAAGUCGUCCAUCGGUCGUCUUUUUGGCAAAAAGGAGAAGGGGCGGAUCGGAGCACAGGGCCGCGAGUCGUCCUCUCUGGCCUCCACGCCGUCUGACGACCUGGGUUCGGCGGACCCGUUGGGCCUGGCGAAACUCGGCACCGGAACAGUGGAGAAAGACCGCCGCAGCAAAAAGAAACACGACCUGUUAGAGGAAGCGUGUCGCCAGGGCCUCCCUUUCGCCUCGUGGGACGGCCCGACCGUCGUUACGUGGCUCGAGCUGUGGGUCGGGAUGCCGGCGUGGUACGUGGCAGCGUGCCGCGCCAACGUGAAGAGCGGCGCCAUCAUGGCCAACCUGUCGGACACAGAAAUCCAGCGGGAGAUCGGCAUCAGCAACCCUCUGCACCGGCUCAAGCUCCGUCUGGCCAUCCAGGAGAUGGUGUCCCUCACCAGUCCGUCCGCACCUGCGAGCACCCGCUCUUCGACUAGUAACAUCUGGAUGACACACGCCGAGAUGGAGUCUCUCACUGCUGCCACCAAGCCAGAGCAGAAGGAGUUCAGCUGGGACCAGAUCCUGGCCUACGGGGACAUGAACCACGAGUGGGUGGGAAACGAGUGGCUGCCCAGCCUGGGUCUGCCCCAGUACCGCUCUUACUUCAUGGAGUCACUGGUUGACGCCCGGAUGCUCGAUCACCUCACCAAGAAAGAGCUGAGGGGCCAGCUGAAGAUGGUGGACAGUUUCCACAGAGUGAGUCUCCAUUACGGCAUCAUGUGCUUGAAGCGCUUGAACUACGACAGGAAGGAGCUGGAGAGGAGGAGAGACGAGAGUCAACACCAGAACCAAGAUGUGAUGGUGUGGUCCAACGAGCGGGUGAUGUGUUGGGUGCAGUCCAUUGGCCUGAAAGAGUUUGCUGACAAUCUGUUAGAAAGCGGCGUGCACGGGGCUCUGCUGGCGCUGGAUGACACCUUCGACUACACCGACCUGGGCCUCCUCCUCCAGAUACCCAACCAGAACACACAGGCGAGGCAGGUCCUGGAUAAGGAGUACAACGCCCUCAUCUCCAUGGGAACCGAGAGGAGGCCAGAUGAGGACGGCACGAAACCUUUUACCCGGUCACCAUCAUGGAGGAAGAUGUUCCGAGAGAAAGACCUCCGGGGCGUGACUUCUGACUCCUCGGAAACAUUACCCGCCAACUUCCGUGCCUCCGCCAUCUCGACCCCCUCCGUCACCCUGAGAAAGGUCCAGAGUGAAGUAGGUCCCAGAGGAGAGUCGGGGUCCGUGAGGACGUAUUCUUGCUAAAAGAUAAGCACACCAGAAACCACCUCUUUCCUAACCGACGGGGAAAAAAAAAACACUUUUGGAGAAAACCCUGAAGGAUCAAAAAUAGAAAAAACGGACACUAGAAGAUGAUCAACAACAUUUGAGUGAGAUUUCUUGAAGAAUCAAAGACACUGAGUACAUGAUUUCUUAGAAAAUGUUAAAAUAAUGAGUGACUGUGUGUUUAUCCAUCUGUCCUCCCCCCCCCCCCUCCCCCUCUCUCUCUCUCUCUCGCUGUCUCUCACCCUCCCUUGAUCCAUAGCUGUGGCAUGAUUCUGUAGAAAGUGGCCUGUAGACAGUGACCAUCACCUAUUGUGUUUUUGAGCGUGAGAUGGCAAUAUUGACACAAUGAAUUUAUAGUUUUUAAAAUGUAAAACUGCAUUCCUGUUGAGGUGGAGAGGACGAUGCCCCAUCACGCAUCCUUUCAGGUGACCUUACUAUGAUUUAGACGGUAGAACGUAGAGGUGAUAGAACAUACUCUGGCGAGUAGAAACACACACGACAUUGGGAGUUUUGGUGAGAGUGUUGUUCAAGGUGAGGGAGUUAAACGUAUGUUCUUAAGCACAUGAACAGACAUGAGAUGCACAAAUGUGAAUAGAACGGACAAUGAGACAAAAUCCUGUUUAAAGUGAGAAGAAAAAAAAAAAGAACUAAGCAUUUGUGUUAAUAUGCAUGCUAAAAUCCAACAUUUUAGAGUGAACAUCAUGAUAUCAAUCAUCUAAUGAUGUGAACGCUUGGGUCGGGACUUUGUAAAAUGUGUGUAUUUUAUUUUUAUCAUUUUUUUAAUGAUAACUACUAUUGUAUGUAUGUACAGUACGUAUGUGUGUGUGUGUGUAAUUAACUGUAUGUUCAUUUCAUACUUAGUUUUAAGACUGACUGUAAUUUAAUUUUAAGUUGAAAAAGGAAAUAUGUUUUAAAUUAUGGACAUUAAAGAUAUGCUACCUGUAUGUGUACAUUUUGACAAAAAAAGUGUUAUGAUUUAAAUUCCUAUUAUUGAUGAGUAGUGAUGAUAAUUGAAUAUAAUAAUACAGUAAUAAUGAUAAUGAUUGUAAAAGCUGUAAUUAAAAAACAUACCUGUAAAACGC